AUGGCAAAAGUUGGAGAAGUCAUGAUUUGCGGAAUGGAAACUAAUGGCAAUUUGGCCUCACUUGAAGGAUACAACGGCCGAACUGUUGAUUGUAUAGGCGGAGGCUUUAAUAAGCUUUAUAUCGUAGAAGCAGCAGGCCAAGUAACUGCUCUUCAAUCAGACACUACAGAACCCCCAGAUGAAUCAGAAAUCGAAGUUCUAGAGAAACUUGGACUAAAAAAUAUCAAAUGUGGGAUGUUUCACUCAGUUUUUCUCACAAAGAAUGGCUUUGUUUUUACUUGUGGGAAUGGGGUUUUCGGAGUUUUAGGCCAUGGAGGAGCAUUUGCGACCAAAACUCCUCAAAUUGUGAAGGCGCUUUCCGAUAAAGUUGUCAUGGAUAUUGCAUGUGGGGAAGCUCAUACAUUGGCGCUUACAGAAGGUGGAGACAUCUAUGCAUGGGGAAGAGGCUUUGAAGGCCAGCUAGGGAUCAGGAAUUCUAUUGAGGCAGUAUCAGUUCCUAAAUAUGUGGAUGCAUUUUAUGGGAAAACAAUGGUAAAAGUUGCAUGUGGGCAAAGACACUCAUUAGCGAUUGACAGUGAAGGGGUUUUAUAUGCAUGGGGAGAAGCUAGAUGUGGACAACUUGGCAACGGAACUCAUCGGCAAAUUAAAAGACCCCAAGUAGUCAGCUUUCCAGAGGGAGUCAAAGUCAAAGAAGUGUCGGCUGGCUCUGGGCACACUGCAGCAUUAAGUACUGAAGGCUGCAUUUAUCUUUGGGGGUAUAAUCAUUAUGGCCAGCUCGGCCUUGGAGACCAAAACCCUCGAUGGUUUCCAGAAAUCGUCAAAACUGACUACUCAGGCCUGCCUCUCCUAAAAAUAGAAAAAAUCAAAUGUGCAGUCAAUGCGACAUUUUGUAUUGAUAUUGAAGGAAAAGCUUACUCUUGGGGAAAAGGCAUGAUAGGUCAUGGUAAUAUAUUGAUCCAAUCAUCUCCUAAAAAGAUUGAUAUGAAUACAGACUAUCGCCAAUAUUCUCAAGUCUACGCAUGUGACCACACUGUAUUAUUCUUUUCUCCCCUCAGAAUUUUCUCUAUAUCCCCUAUAUGUGGUCCUGCUUCAGGUGGUACAAAAUUAGCUCUUAUAGGAACUGCUUUUUCCCAAACCGAGAAAUUAAAGGUCAGAUUCCGCUAUGGCCAUCUACAAAUAGAAAGUGAAUGCAAGCUAGACCCAGCGACUUCUUCAUUAGAGCUAAUCACUCCAAAGUUCAUUGAUGACGGUGAAGAAAUACAGCUUCCUAUAGAAUCCUAUAUAGACGUCACCAUGGAUGGCGAGCACUAUGUGACUUGUGAAAAAAAAUUCCUGAUUUAUUCCAAUAACUUGAUUUCUCAUGCAAUCAACCCUAAAUGUGCUUCAGUAUCAGGCGGAACCUUGCUAGAAAUCAACAUUGAUUUAGAUAUGAUGGACAAAUCCUGACUUUUCCACUUAACUGUAGGAUUUUUGCCUAAACCUAAAGGAUAUCAUAUGAAUAAAUCUAUCAAUACUGAUGUAACACCCAGCAUGAUCAGAAGAGAAAGCCACGACGAAAGCAGGAUAAGCAUAAGUUCAGGCAAAAUGGAAGACGCAGAUUGGCAAAUGACAAGUGGAAGAUACAUUGAUGGAAAAGUCCUGUGCAAGGUUCCGACUCUGUUUGAAUAUGAUGAAAAUUCUAUGGGGUAUGUGGUAGAUGUCUUAUUAAGUUUAAUCGUUUAGCAUCUCUUACGGCGCUGCAUGCCUCCUACUAUCACUGUCAUCACUCUGAGGUUUCCAUUUUCUCGCCAGGAAGGGUUUUGAGGGAGUUCUCAAAAGGAGCCACUGGAAAAACGCGCAACAUUCCGGCUUCGAAGGGAUGUGGUAGAUGUCGCUAUUAAUGGACAGCAAUUUACAGGAAAACCAAUUAACUUUAGGUAUUAUGACAUCGAAAUCUUUGAAAUGGUGCCAAACUCAGGCUACAGCAAUGAAGGAACCACUGUGAGGAUUCUUGGAAGAGGUCUUUAUGAUAGCAGUGCUAAAAAAGUAAGAAUCAGCACUGAGUAUGGAGAACGAGAAGUAUCAGUGAACUGGGAAAGAAAAACAAAAUCUUACUUGUGUGUGAUUCCACCGUUAAGCUGACUCUUUGGAGGAGAGGAGCCAGAUCCAGCUGUGCUGAGAAGUGUAAAAAGCAAGCCAAUCAAGUUAGAACUGACUUUAAACGGGAUCGAGUACACUGCUUUGCCACCAUUUUAUUACAUUGAUGUAAAAAUCCUAAGAGCUUCCAAGGUGAAAUUUGAUGAAAAUCUUCCAAUUCCAGUUAAAACAGAGCUUUGGGAACGAGAAGAGCCAGAAGAGCACGAGGAUCCAGAAAUCAAAGCUAAGCGAGAACAAGAAGAAAACAUCGCCAUGCAGCUCCCAUGCAAGCCAAACACUCGGCUUUUCUUAUGGUGCGAUGGCCUUAUCAAGACUCCUACCAUGAUAGCUCAAUUUGUAUUAAAUAACAGUGCAAUCCAAGUCCCAGGAAUCUACAAAAACUCCAAAAGGCUAGCUGUAAUUGUGCCUGACCUCGGAGACAUCCCAACACCAGCUGACGUAUCUAUCGCGCUUAGCCUGAACGGACAGACAUUUUCAAAAGAAACAGUAAACAUCAAAUACGUUGGGCUAAGCGCCCACGAUGAGCCGCCUAAGAGAAAGCGUUAA